AGAUUAUUUUACAACUUCAUGCACUAUUUAUCAGUCAGGCUCGGAGGGGCAUUUUGGCCAUUCUAGUAGAGGCGGCUCGUCAGUAUUUUCAGAAGAAUGAAGCAUGUAGGAGUCAUAGGAGCUGGGGCAGCAGGCCUUUGCGCGGCUCGGCACAUCCAGGCCAACCAGGGCAUGGUGCCCAUCGUGUGGGAACAAUCAGAGAAGAUUGGAGGAACGUGGAACUACACACCGCAGACUGGCACUGAUAAGCACGGAUUACCGAUUCAUUCAAGCAUGUACCAGAACCUGAAGACGAAUCUCCCCAAGGAAGUGAUGGCUUUUCCUGAUUUUCCGUUCCCAGAGGGAGAUGAAUCUUUCGUCCACCACUCGGAAGUCCAGAAGUACCUAGAAAUUUAUUCACAGCACUUCGAUCUUUAUCCAUACAUUAAGUUCAAUCACCAUGUAGAAGAAGUAAAACCUAUUAUCAAGGACACUGGGCCCCCUUCCUGGUCCAUUAAAGUAAAAGACCUGAACUCCGGGGAAGUCUCAACUACUGUUUGUGAUGCACUCCUUGUCUGCAAUGGGCACUUCUCCGUCCCACGAAUCCCUGUUAUCAAGGAUAUAGAGAGCUUCAAAGGACGCCAGGUACACAGCCACACUUACCGAGAGCCCUCUCCAUAUACAGGAAGCCGAGUGGUCGUGCUAGGAGCCUCAGCAUCAGGUCUUGAUAUUAUGCUGGAGCUUGCACCUUAUGCCAAAGAGGUUUUACUGUCGCAUAAUUUGCCUGUACCAAUCCCAUCCGACUUGCCGUUCAAUGUCCGUCAAGUGCGCGGUGUCGUGGCAGCCUCUGAGAAUGGGUUUAUUUUCGGAGAUGGAACUUCUGCCGAGGCUGAUGUUAUUUUGUAUUGUACAGGUUACGAAUACACCUUCCCCUUCCUUACCAAGGAGUGCAAUGUCACGAUAGAGGACAAUGUAGUGAAGCCACUCUAUAAGCACCUGAUACAUUCCACGUUCCCGUCUCUGGCUUUCAUUGGCAUACCGUUCCAGGUUUGCCCCUUCCCGCUGUUCGACUUUCAGGUUCAGUUCUUCGUGGCCUCGAUCGCGGGCCGGCUGCCGCUCCCUCCCCCGGCGGAAAUGGCUGCGUGGUCGAAGGAGGACUUGGAGCAGCAGCGCAGAGAGGGGCACGAGGACCGCCACUACCACCGGCUCGGGCUCCUCCACCAGCUUCCCAUCCUGGAGGACUGGGCCAAGGGCGCCGGGAUCCCUCCUCCAGGGAAGCACAUCAAGACCAUCCUCUACAUCGUCGGGCUGCGCUUCAUCUUGUCUCACCCGUCCUUCAAAAAGAGUAAAUUCACAGUAAAGGCGGACGGCGGGGUUAUCGAGCGACGCGGAGGAGCUGAGGUUUAUACAAAGCUCGAGCUCACUUGGCUACUGGCGAGAGGGCUCUUCUGGCUCCUGUGGCGGGAUUUUCCAAGGAGCCUGGGUUUCUUGAGCUCAUUUGCGUGGGAGAGACUCACCAAAGUGUUCCGCUCGUGAGUUCAGUCUCCAGUAGCUGGAAGGGACACGGGAGGAGAUUGAAUAAUUGUCUUGUUCACCCAGGGUUUUUUCCAAGAGUUGAAUGAUACUAGAUUCUGUGGGGUCAGCAAACCAAUGUUUUUUUUCAGACACAGGUCUUUAAAUGCGGCAAUUCUAGUUGCAUUUAGACUCUUAUUCAUAACUUCCGCUUGUUCCCGAGAUUAUUGUCUGUGAGUGCUCAGGACGAGGCGACAGUCCAAUAGCAGCCACCUGAUUGCAACUGCUGGGAUCCCAUCAUCCAACCUAAUUCCGUUUAAGUCCAUUGUCUCCAGGAAGCUGAGGGGAAUUCCGAAAGGGCUUGCGUGGGGUCGAACAUCCGCCAUCUAGUGUUUUCUUUCUUCCUAGUCUCUUUAUUAAAGCAGUGGGUUGAGUUAAAAAAAAAACAAAAAACAAUUUGUCGGACUUUAGUGUUACCGUAGCAGGGUCUUGUCAAAUCAAUGACAAAGGGACAUUUUUUCCCCCUUAUCAUAAGCAUUUCUUGGGUGGGUUUGAUACUAACGAUAUUGAAUAGUAGCAUUCAUAUUAGGUAAUUACAUAUUUGAGGUAGACAUGGUUUCUUGAAAUAAUUUUCACUGUGUCGUCCAGUAGUGUCUGGUUUUCGUGUGAGGGCGUUAUGUCCCUACGCUGGUGCACACAUUUCUGUCACAGUUUGAGAGAAGGUGACUGAAUUCCUAACUCUGGUCUGCCUCUCAUUUUUCGACAAGCAAAUGGUUAAUGAGCUCCUCUUUUUCUCUGUAGUGUCCUCUAGAUGUUUUUAUAUGUGAAACUAAGACGCCUAUUUCGCGUGUGUCUUCCUGAGGUGUAUCUGAACACGUCACUAUGUUUAAUAUGCGAUUUUUUGGUUGUUCAUGGGGAAGUGGGUUGUUAGUGUCUUUUGCAAUAAUUUUGAGGUAUAUUCCUUGUGUUUAACCAAUUCUACUUAAUAUCAUUGAUAGGUAAUUGUUCCAUCAUCUGAAUAGUUAAAUUUAAUGAACAUUGCAUUAGCCUGAUAUGGCAAUAAUGUGCCUGUAAGCACUGAUUCUUGGACUCCAUUUUUCUGGUUUUAUUGCUAUUAUAUACUUUUUAGGUUAUAGCAUUUGGUUCCCUCCAGGAAUGAGUUAAAGAGUCCUUCUACUUAAUUAAUUCCCUCACGGUAUUGUAAGCGCCAAGACAGGUCUGCAGAUAUUAGCACUGUUUACUCUUACCAUACCAUGCGACUGUGGAUGAGUAAAUGGCUUGGUCUUUGGUCUAAUAUCAUGCUUCAGUGAAUGGAGUUUGGUCUGGUCUGCUUGUUCAGGUGGUGUGCAAUUAUACGUUAUAGGAAAUAAGCAUGUAAGGCAUACUGUUUGGGAGACACUGGAAAAAAUAGUACAAGAGGGAUUAUUAGAAACCUACCCUUUGUUCAAAUCUUCGUGACCUGUGGUUGUUCAAAAGACAUCCAGCCAACCAGUCUUUUUACACGUCAGGUGCAUCAAACACGUAUAUGAAUAAUUUUGUAUUCAUGCAAACUGCAGGAAAAGACGGAAAGACAGUUAAGUAUGACGAACCUCCACCAGUGCCUCCAUAUUCAGUUUUAAUAUGAAUCUUAAAUCACAUCCAGACCACAACCCACGUUUGAUCACAGGGCGCCUGGGCCAAGAACGGUCCUCUUCUGUACUAUUAUUGUUAACUUUUCACGUAAUCCCACUGAGAGAUCAAUAAACCACUUAACUAAACAAUGCCAUCGAACACAGCGAAUAUCUGCUCUGUUUGGUUACGGCAAUAAAUACACUCAGUUUGCUUUACUUUACAUACCAAAAGUCUACAGGAAAAUCUGUGGUGCCAGUUACCUAACAGUCGUCACAAUAAAGCUACUACACACACAUGUAUGUGUGUCUGUGUGUGUAUGUGAGUAUGUAUAUAUGCUAUUUUCCUCUAUUUUGUGUAUAUAAUUCUUGGCAAUUUCCUUUAAAAUAAACACACUAUAACAGAAAGAAAAA